AUGUUACUUAGAAAUUUAGACCUCAAAGCUAGGUUAUGCAAUGGCACUCGAAUGAAAGUUUGUGCUCUUCAAAAUAAUUAUAUUGAUGCAGAGGUUUUGACAGGUGUUUCUGCUGGUAAACGGGUAUUUGUACCUCGAAUUCAGUUGGCUAUGUCAGAUUCUAAUUUACCUUUUGUUCUAAAACGUCGCCAGUUUCCUGUCAGAUUGGCAUAUUCAAUGAAAAUUAAUAAAAGUCAAGGUCAAACAUUUGAUAGAGUUGAUGUAUAUCUAAAGAAACCGUGUUUCACUCGUGGUCAACUUUAUGUUGCUCGUUCAAGAACUAGAGCAUUUAAAAUUGUUAUUUAA